AAUCAGAGGAGAAGGGGGAGGGCAAGGGAAGAGGGAUGAGAGAACCAGAAGCAGGGAGGAGCGAGCAGGGCGCGCCCCCUGGGAUGCGUUCGCCCCCUGCGGGUGUCAGCGCCGUCCUCUGGCGUCGCAGGACGCCGCAGCGCCCCAAUCUCCCUCGGCCCCGAAACUCGGGCCUGGGAGCAGGGACGGAGAGGAGGAGGCGGAGGAGGAGGAGGAGGAGGAGGAGGAGGAGGAGGGGUCAAGGAGCCCCGCCUGGCACAGGCGACUCAGUCGACAGCGUGCUGACGCCCGCGUCCUACCUCGACUUCAAAAAGCGCAAGAUCUACCCCGAGCGCGCCACAGUGCCCAGCA